AUGGUCUUGAGUCCGGCGCUACUCUCGCCGCUCCACCGCUUCCCCGUGUUGUGGUGUUCGUACCGCCCUCUCCUCCGGGCAGCGAGGACGGCUCCUCUCGACGAGCACCAUCGCCUGGCUAUCGAGCAGUACAUCAAGCGCGAGUUCAGGCAGUGGAGGAGCUUACGGACGGUGAACAAGGUCAAACCGAAGCUGCGCGAGGCUGAGGAGCUCCUACACCAGCUAGAGAGCACCUCUCAUUCGUCGGUACACCUCGAACGGAUGCGCGAACUGGCAGACCACCUCAUCCUCCUUCACGCAAAGAAGCCCACACACGUCGUCAAGCCCCGACAAGUCCCAAGACCCGCUCCUUCCAUCAUCCGAGCGACCGCCUUCAACCCGCCGAUGCAGCGGAUGCGGCCACAGCCCAUCAAGACCACCAUGAUGAUCUUUGACCGUCGGCGGGCGAGUCAGCGACGGUACGACAAGCAGGCAAUCGCCAAGGAGUUCGUGGAGAUGGCUUCGGAGGAGGAGCGGAUCGAGCGAGCAGCCGGAGUGAGGGAACCGAGGUAUCAGGCGAUGCCGACGACUCGGGUCGCGGACGAAUGGCGCGGCUGGAUCCGCACAGCACAAAAGCAAGAGCAGCGCGAGUACAAGCGCAGGGAUAUGCGCAUCUCACCCGAGCUGUACGCGACGGUCCGCGGGUUGCGGCGGUCUAUCGCUCAGAAGAAGUCUGCAGCGGGACAGGCGCGGCGACAGGAGGCUCAGCUGGCGGCGGAGCGAGCGGGCGGAGCAGAAUCGGAGUAG